AUGAAAGAACAUACAUCAAAAGGGGAUACUCAUGAUAAUAAUCAGCAAAAUAAAGAAUAUGAAAAUGUAAGCAAAAGUAUGGGUACAGAUGGAAAUUUAAGUGACGUUUCAGUAUCGACUAUAAGUAAUAGUACAGGUAUCGACUCCGAUUUAUAUAAUCAUGUUGUUAGGGAUAUUAAAAGAGAAAGAAGGAGGAAAAAGUAUGGAGAAAAACAUGAUAGAGAAAAAAGGUAUAGUACUGAAUCAGAUCGAAGAAGAAGAAAAAAAUAUACAUCCAGAGAUUCGAGCAAUGAAAGAAAACGAUCAAGACGACGAAGGGAUAGACGAUCUAGUUAUGAAAAUGAACAAAGAUAUAAAAAAGAUAGAAAAAAAAGAAAACGUGGACAUUCAAAAUCACGGAGUAAAGAUCGGCAUCAUGAAAAUAUACCUCAAGAUCCUUUCAAUCCAUUAUUGCUAGCAUAUGAAAAAAACAAAACAAAUAUAAAUAAUCGAAGAAAAGAUGGAAGAAAAGAAAAUACAAAUGAUCGAUGGGAGCAUGAUAGAUAUGAAAGUACAUCAAGCGAAGGAGGAUAUACAUUACCAAGUCAAACAUUUGAAAAUUCUUUUCUACAAGGAAACAUAACAGAAUUAAGGGGAAAUACAUGGAAAUCCAAAGCAGGGGGUGUUUGUUUGAUGCAAACAGAGGAGAAUAUGGAUUAA